AUGACGACCCUGGAGCUGGGAGAUGACGAUGAUGACAAUGACGAUGAUGAUGAUGGAGUUUGGGGAGGAUCAUGGCGGAGCAGCAGCGCUUCAAGGAGGAGGCCGAGAUGCUCAAGGGGCUUGCAGCACCCCAACAUCGUCCGCUUCUACGACUCCUGGGAGUCCUCUCUCCGCGGCAAGAAGUGCAUCGUCCUCGUCACCGAGCUCAUGACCUCGGGCACCCUCAAGACGUACCUCAAGAGGUUCAAGGUGAUGAAGCCGAAGGUGCUGCGGAGCUGGUGCCGGCAGAUCCUGAAGGGGCUGCAGUUCCUGCACACGAGGACGCCGCCCAUCAUCCACCGCGACCUCAAGUGCGACAACAUCUUCAUCACCGGCCCCACGGGCUCCGUCAAGAUCGGCGACCUGGGGCUGGCCACGCUCAUGCGCACGUCCUUCGCCAAGAGCGUCAUCGGGACCCCCGAGUUCAUGGCCCCCGAGAUGUACGAGGAGCGCUACGACGAGUCCGUGGACGUCUACGCCUUCGGGAUGUGCAUGCUGGAGAUGGGCACGUCCGAGUACCCCUACUCCGAGUGCCAGAACGCCGCUCAGAUCUACCGCAAAGUCACCAGCGGCAUCAAGCCGGCGAGUUUCCACAAGGUGACGGACCCCGAGGUGAAGGAGAUCAUCGAGGGCUGCAUCCGGCAGAACAAGGCUGAGAGGCUGUCCAUCCGGGACCUGCUGGACCACGCGUUCUUCGCCGAGGACACGGGGCUGCGCGUGGAGCUGGCCGAGGACGACGCGGGGCUGGACCCGGCGCUGGCGCUGCGCCUCUGGGUGGAGGACCCCAAAAAGCUCAAGGGCAAGCACAAGGACAACGAGGCCAUCGAGUUCAGCUUCAACCUGGAGGCUGAUGUCCCCGAGGAGGUGGCCUAUGAGAUGGUGAAAUCCGGGUUCUUCCACGAGAGCGACUCCAAGGCCGUGGCCAAAUCCAUCCGGGACCGGCUGGCGCUGGUGAGGAAGACGCGGGAGAAGAAGCAGGCGGAGGGCAGGGGGGGCCCCGAGAGCCGGGGGGGGCCCCGAGAGCGAGGACACCGAGGUCGAUCAGCACGUGAGGCAGCAGCUGCUGCGGGAGCAGCCCCCUCCUGGUCCAACUCCGAGGGGGUCCCGGACAGCGUCCCCCCCCCAGAUGUCCCCGGUCCCUGCGGUGUCACCGGAGCCCUUGAGCAGCUCUGGGGGUACCCACAGGGAGCCCAGGAUGGGGUGUCCCCCCCUGUGCCACCACCGGUGACCCAGGGGACCGAGGGCACAGCAGAGGAUGGCACCGGACGAGGCACCACGGAGCCACCUGGGCCCGAGGGGGACCCCUGUGGCUGUGGCGGGGGGUCGCCCAAGGGUUGCCACCAGCCCAGAGAUGCCACCACCAUCCCCAAUGCCACCAACUAUGGGGAUGCCACCACCCCAAGGGAUGCCACCUCCAUCUGUGAUGCCACCAGCCAUGGGGAUGUCCAAGCUCCAGAGAUGCCACCACCAUCCAUGAUGCCACCAGCCAUGGGGAUGUCCCAAGCUCCAGAGAUGCCACCACCAUCCAUGAUGCCACCAGCCGUGGGGAUGUCCCAAGCUCCAGAGAUGCCACCACCAUCCAUGAUGCCACCAGCCAUGGGGAUGUCCCAAGCUCCAGAGAUGCCACCACCAUCCCCAAUGCCACAACCCCCGAUGCUCCCUGGCCCCGAGGAGCCCUCGGUGCCCGCCGAGGCCGCGUCCCUGCUGCGUGUCCCCGAUGUCCCCGACGUCCCCGGGCCGCGUGCCCGGCAGCGCCGCGCGUCGUGCCAGCGCCCUGCCCGCUUCCAGCUCACCGUGCUGCAGGUGUCCUCAGCUGGGGACAACACGGUGGAGUGCCAGCUGGAGACCCACGACAGCAAGAUGGUCACCUUCAGGUUUGACGUGGAUGGGGACGCGCCCGAGGACAUCGCCUGCUACAUGGUCGAGGACAACUUUGUCCUGGAGGGGGAGCGGGACAAGUUCGUGGAGGAGCUCAAGGCCAUUGUGGAGCAGGCACGGGGGCUCCUCGGGACCCCCGCCCCGGACCCCCAGGUGGGACCCCUGGAGCCGCCAGCAGGUGGGGAAGGACCCCCCCAAUCGUCACCCGUGGGGCGCUGGAGGUUCUGCAUCAACCAAACCAUCCGG